UCAGCUUCUGCCAGAUUUGGCUACCCACUACCACCACCAGAUGACUGUCAGUGCGCAUUUCCAAUUGGCAGGAGAGAGAGAGAGAAGUAAACCGAGGAGACCGAUCGGGGAAGAGUAUGAGAGAGUGAAGCGGGAGUGAGUGUGUUACAGAGGGAACACAGUGAGAGACUCCAGCGGAGGGGCGAGAGGUAACUUCACGGAGGUUAUCACUGCGCACUGUCGAGGAGGAGUGAUCGCUUUUUUCGUGCGGCAUGCUGAAGCAGGUUACAAAGUGGACUCUGGAUGAACCUACUGAUUGAAAUGCCCGAUUCUCUAAUGGACUGCUGGAGAACACAGUGAGGCAAGAGCUGUGCCACAGUGGCAACGAACGGACACUGGGAAAGAAGCUGAUGCAGAAGGGAAAGUUAUCAACUGUGGAGAUGUAUUGUUAACUGCGAGUUUACUGACUGUUCGGACCAUUCUGAGUCAUUUCUUUAAACUGGAUGUUAUUAUAGAAGAAUCUCCGGUUAUCCUCAUCCCGGUGCCGCGGUGGACCAUAACCAGCUCAGUCGCAUAGACAGAGCAAGACUCUUCCCACAGAAAAACAAUCAGCGGCCAGAACAACUAAAAUGUCUUCGUUAUACCUCAUCUUUUGCCUUAUGGUCACAGCAGCCACCCAAGCAGCCUACUUCUCCCAGCAGCCCCAGGACCAGGUGGUUGUAUCCGGUCAAUCAGUGACUCUGCCUUGUGUCAUUGUGGGUUACCGGGGAAUGGUACAGUGGACCAAAGAUGGCCUGGCACUGGGUGGAGAGAGAGACCUACCAGGCUGGACACGCUAUUCCUUAAUGGGCGACCCGCUAUCAGGCGAGCACAGCUUGCUGAUCGAUUCAGCAGAGUUGGCGGAUGACGCGGUGUAUGAGUGUCAGGCUACACAGGCAGCGCUGCGCUCCCACCGUGCCAAGCUCACUGUACUAGUUCCUCCUUCUGACCCUGUGGUGGAAGGCGGCCCUGUUGUACGUCUCAAGGCCCACACACCACACAACCUCACCUGCAGAGCCUCAGGAGCCAAACCUGCUGCUGAAAUCACGUGGUACAGAGAUGGAGAAGUCAUGGAAACUGCAAUUUAUUCCAAGUCACUAAUGGAGGAUAGGAAGAGGGAAGCGGCUGUCAGUAUGCUUCCAAUCAUCCCAGAGGACAGUGACUCCGGACGCACCUACACCUGCAGGGUUCUUAACCCAGCUGCCCCUGCUGGACGACAGACAUCAGUCACUAUCAAUGUCCAGCACCCUCCGUCAGUGACUCUCUCAGUCCAGCCUCAGACUGUAACAGAAGGAGCCAAGGUUCUCUUCAUCUGCUCUGCCUCAGCCAAUCCUGAAAUCACUGGAUACAGGUGGUCGAAAGGAGGAGUUCCCAUCUCUGAAGCAAACGGAGACAGCCUUGAGGUGACAGUGGACUUCUCUUACUUCACAGAUCCUGUCUCCUGUGAGGUGUCCAACUCUGUGGGCAGCACUAAUGUCAGCACUCUGGUCGAUGUCCAGUUUGGCCCCAGACUGCUGUCAGAGCCUAAGCCCAUGACAGUGGAUAUAGGGAUGGAUGCAGCCUUUACUUGCGCAUGGACUGGAAACCCUCCUCUGACCCUGGCCUGGACCAAGCAAGGCUCCAGUGUGGUGCUCAGUAACGGUAACACCUUGCAGCUGAAGGCUGUUACUCAGGAGGAUGCUGGCACAUACACCUGCAAGGCCAUUGUACCCCGUAUUGGAGUUGCAGAAAGAGAUGUCACUCUGACUGUAAAUGGUCCACCGAUCAUCACAGCAGAUGCCACGCAGCACGCCGUCAAACACUCCAAGGGCAAGCUGGAGUGCCGGGUGGGAAGCAGCCCCCCACCUGAUAAGAUUGUGUGGACCUUUGGGGACACGAGCCUGUCCUCUGGCUCCUCCGGUCGUUACUCUGUGCAGACAGUAACCAGUGACCACGGAGUCAUAUCCUCUCUGGUGCUAUCUGAGACUCUGGCACAAGAUUUCCAGCUGCGCUACAACUGCACUGCUUGGAACCGCUUUGGCACAGGCACGGCCCUGGUUACUCUGAAGGAGCAAGAAGCACUGCCUAUGUUGAUCAUUGUGGGUGGAGCAGUAGGUGGGGGCUGUGUCCUGCUCAUCUGUGUCAUCACUCUGGUCUCCCUCUGUUGCAGGCACACAGGCAAAGGUGAGCUCAACGGUAAAAGAUGCACUCGUCUUUCCAAGAGUGACAUCAGAGUUCAGAUUGUUCACAGUGAUCACAAUGCUACACGAGGCAAUGAUGAUGAAGAAGAUGUCAAAGAACCUAUGGCUCCGAACAGCAGCGAGUCUCCCGGGACAUCGCGCACAGAACACAGCGACCUCCUGGAAGAGGAGGAGGACGAAAGAUCGGACAUCAAGGAUCCUACCAAUGGCUACUACAAUGUUCGUGGCCAUGAUGAUCGUCAUAUUCGCAGCAGUGGAUUUUCCGAAUACGUGCCCAAUUCUCGGCCAGUCUACACUCCAUCGCAGCUGCCCUCCCCCAGCCCUGUAUAUGGUCAGCAUGGCACCCAGCCUCGUGUCUAUGACUUCUCCCACCGAUACGCAACCACCACAGUGAGCAGAACCUCAUAUGAACAGCAGCAGGCUGCCCAGCAGCAACCUGCCCAGACAGGCAACAUUUAUCCCACUGACCCCCUCUACAGUGGCACUGCUUACCUACCUGCUAAUUAUGGCCAUGCCUUCACCAGCUACGUUAAGCCUGCUUCCUAUGAGAAGGUGGAUGCGUAUGACCAAUCAGAUCAGGCCAGCAAGGUGUCAAGCUCAUCUCGCUUCUCUUAUGCCUCAUCACAAGUGUCCUCCCAGCAGUCUGACUAUGGCCGGCCCUCGCAACGUAUGCAGACUCAUGUCUGAUUGGGCAAAAAAAUAGGGGGAAAAAAAAAAAAAAAAAAAAAGAGUACAGAAGCAUUGAGUAGAUAACUAUUGUCACCACGUGUGGGUGGACUAACAUGAACUUUCUUUACUCAGACAGUCCUGCAAGGAUUUGUUAGGACAACAUAAGAAGGGAGGCAUGAUUUAGGUUAUGGAUAACCAACCUACCAACCAACCUGUGAUGGAUGGCAGCAUCUACAAUAAUGUUAACAGUAGAGCUCCUGAGUUGGAAAAUUCAGCCGAUUGUGAUGUUCAAGACAAGCAUAUGAUGAACAUUACAGUGCGAUACCUCACUAGGUUAUCUCUACACGAUGACCGCCCAAAUUUGUGGAGAUGUUCUGGGCCAACUAGAAAAGAAAUUGAACGCAUCUCUUAAAUUUGGGUGGCCAAAAUGACUGGGGUAGCUGUUUACCUGCAUUCCAGAGUUUACUUUGUGUCAACAAUAAUUGUAAACAUGACCUCUAAAAUACUUUGAAAGAAGACAUCACAAGCUCAGACAUACAGUAUUCAAGGAGAGGGGAAAAAAAGGUGACCAACCUUUGUUGUCUGUCAUUUUGAUGUUUCGUUGGCAUGCGAAAGGAAUUGUAAGCACAUUUGUGUCUCUAUCAUUAACAAAUUACUGAGCUACCCACAGAGACAGACAUGAACUAUUCUGCACAACAGGCUAGCUGCACUGACCAACAAGUGCUACAGGCACUCUAUUGUAAGAAGAGUCUAAUCAACAGUGGAAUACAUCUGGACUGAACUGUAUUUCUGGAGCCUCUGAUAACAUGAUGGACACAGAAGUGUUGCCUGCCAGUGAAAAAAAGGAGACAUGAAGAGAAUGUGCAUAUUGCCUUCAUUUUAAUGGAGGACUAUGUUAACUGUAUGUUGAAAUGGACAAGUUAAGGCAGUGAAAACCCAAAGAUGGUAAUACCUGUAUAGAUAAAAUAGGGGCUGAACUGUUGAUCAACCCCCGGCAUUGUUUUCUGCUGUGCUUUCUGAUUGUAAAAUCAAGAGUUGGAUCUUACUAGAACAAUCAAAAGUGAUGAUUUUUGAAAAUGUUGGCAAUCUUGAACUUGAAAUAAACUUGAAUGCAGCGUCAAUUUCGGCAGGCUUAGGUGGGGUAAGAUGUGCGAGGCGGUCCUGACGGGGACCACCUGCUCUCAAGUUUUACAUCUCAACUCAAUCAAAUCGUCUCAAUAUGUUUACAAGAAACAGUACUACCCUGAAACUGAGUAUCUGUACAAAUGGCUGAGUCCAUACUUUCUCUCUGUUGCAUGCAAAUGAUGUGUCUAGUGAAACUCUUCAGCGUUUAGAUUCAUGUCCAUUUCAUGUUCGAGACAUUGGUUACUGCACCUGACCCAGCUGCAUUCCACUUCCUGGAUGUUUCAGUAUGGACGCUUGUACUGCCAUUUGUCUAAAAACCAUUCCCAGGCAGCCUAAUGAGAGAACAAAUGUCACUUAAAGUGAGGAAGCAAACAUCAUCGCUUGUCUUUAUUUUUCUAUUUUGUAUAUGCCUUAAAAGUACAGCGUGUAAGCUGCUCUACUGUAAAGUAUCUUUAUAUACAUAUGUAUAUCUUCAUUUAUUUUAUUUGGAUUCACACAUUUUCUUGUCUGAGUUGUUCAUCAAUCCUCUGAAUGCAGUUACUAUGCUUUGGAACACAACUAAUUGCCAUUUGUUUGUUCAUUCUUUUAAUAUUGUAUUAAGAAUUUUAUUUGCUAAAAAAUUAGCUAUUGUUGCUUGUACCUUUGUACACAUAUUUAUAUUUAAAUAAAACCAUUUCCGAUAAA